AUGGAUUUUGCUAUUAAUCAGACGAUAAUUGAAAAUGUGAAUAUUACCGUGAACAAAAAAAAGUUAAUACCAUUUGUCGAUUAUUUUUUACGUACGUACGCAUAUUUAAUUGUCGGUACGGUGCUCAUAGUGAUCAACAUUCCCGUCUCUCUGCUUGUGAUAACUCGUAAAGCACUCAGGAAUUCAUACUUAGUUCUUGGAAUUGUAUUCCUUAACAGUGGAUUUCUCGGGAUCAGUUCCAUAUUACUGGGAGUAAAGCGACUCAUCGAUACCGCUGGUGGAGAACGGAUUAUCAAUCAUCACGAAUGUGUGCUAAAUGUGCCAAUCUUUCUUUUCACAGCGGAAUUUCUGAGUGGAUGGAGUCUGCUGAUGAACAGCGUAGAAAGACUUUUCGUCGUAGCAUUUCCAAUAUAUUAUUAUACUCACAAUACACGAAUAACUCAUUCAGUUAUUGCCGCACACUACGGAAUUACUGCUACCGCGAUAACUACUGCUGUCACCGCAAGUUUGAUUGAACCAGCUCGGCGCAUAUCUAAUUUUUGUAUGCUACAAUUUGCGUAUUCACCACGCUUUUACGAAGCAUUACUACUAUUGUCCUCUUCCGCUUCAAUGACGAGUGUUGUUCUUAUGAUUAUUGUGGUUGUUAUCCUGAGAAGGAAUUUCGGUGCGCAGUACCUUUCAAGCAAUUCGCAUAAUCGCAAUUUGUCACAUUUUCUCAAAAAUCAAAAGCGAUACACUCAAACAUCACUGAUCUCUUGCUGUUUCACAUUUUUUCUUGUGGUGGUAUCAGCAAUAAUAGAACAUAUUUGCGAAGCAGAUCCUUCUGCAGCGUCGCAUGUCAUUGUGAUGGUUUGCGUUUACACACGUCUACUGAAUUCCUUCAAUUUGGUGACAUUAUUUUUGUGUCGUCAAAAAGAUUUUCAGCGUGUUGUAAUUCGAUAUUUUAAAUGCAUAUUCUAUGGAGAGAAACAGGUCCAAUCAGUCGUAACUGUUGGUUUUGUAACACGAACAAAUCACACCGUUUUCUAA